CAUCCUCUAAGUUCCGGUGCUCCCGCGUCCUAGCAGCGAAGCUACCUAGGGUUUUCAGGAGAAGGAAGAGUGAGAACCAUUCAGGAACAGGAAUUUAUUUCCCUAUCUCAAACAAAGACUUGCGAAAAUGAGUACUAUGAAGUUUUGCUGUGAAUGCAACAACAUUCUGUACCCAAAGGAAGACAAAGAUCAGAAGAUCCUCCUCUAUGCAUGUCGCAAUUGCGAUCACCAGGAGGUUGCUGAUGACAACUGUGUCUAUAGAAAUGAGAUACAUCAUUCUGUUGGUGAGCAAACACAAGUCUUACAGGAUGUAACUGCAGAUCCAACACUACCUCGUACAAAAGCUGUGCGUUGUGCUUCAUGUGGACAUGGAGAGGCUGUAUUCUUUCAGGCAACUGCUAGGGGAGAAGAAGGAAUGACGCUGUUUUUUGUUUGCUGCAACCCGAACUGUGGCAACAGGUGGAGGGACUAACAUUACUGGUUAAUGUGAUUAACAACUUAGCUGGGGAAUGCAUUGGGCAUUUGUAUGAUCUACUCUGUUUGUAUAAUGUAUACCCACCCAAAAGGUGGGAGACUUUGUAAGUUGUAACAUUGAGACCAUCUUGUGAGAAAAUACCGAGCUUCAUGUUUCAAGACAGUGGCACAUUGCAGACUAGACUAGUGAGGAGUAUAUUGUUGUUAUUCACCAUUA